UUACAUGGAAAAGUGGAAUCCGCUGUACAUAACCUGCCUCCAUCAACAGGUAGGCUAUUAUUAAAAUACAGGGUCGGCACUGGAUAGAGAAUCACUGCCCACUUCCACAUGCAGCACCCAGCCGCUCUGGUGCAAGGACACCGCUGCUGUGUUGGACUUACAAAAGGAAGGACUACUCUCAUGCAUCAAAACACUGGCUGUGCAGUCGUAUAACCGCUCUGCCCUGCAACUACUAAACCUUAGCACAUCCGUAUCUCCUUUUUGAGGACACAGGCACAAUUUUAAUCAUAACCUGACCUCACAAAUCCGUUUGUAGUUCUGUAAUGUGGGACGUGCGUGCCACACAUACUACUAAUCCCUGGAUCCUCAGAGAAGGACCAUGAUGAUUUCUGGGACGGUGUUGCCAGGGGGAAGGUGGCGCCUGGGACCUGUUGGAAAUGACAGCUGAAGAAGGCGGAUUGAAGCACAGGGAUCACAAUAACAGUAAACGUAGAAGAUAGCAAAGAAACUCCCUCGCAUCACAGUGUAAAGGGGUUGUAGAGAUGGAGUCCCUGAUGAGUACGGUGGCACCGCGCUCCCCAGCUCCUGUCAAGAAGCUGUCAGAGGUGGACUUCCGGUCAGGGGCCACCCUGGAGCAGUUGUCAGUUCAGGUGUCUGAGCUGGUAGUACUGGAACAGGGAGAGUUCGGAGACCAGACUGCCUUAGAGGUCCACACCGCCAAGGACUUUAUCUUCAACAUGCUCGGCUUAGUCCAGAAGAUAGACCAGCGCCUCCCGGUGGCUAACGAGUACCUGCUGCUGUCAGGCGGGGCCCGGGAGGGAGUCUUGGACCUCAACCCCGAGGACCUGGGCGACUACGCCAAAGGGGCCGACUUUGACCUGGACUUCACCCUGCUGGUACCCGCCCUCAAGCUCCAUGACCGCAACCAGCCCGUCACCCUGGACAUGAGGCACUCCCCGCCCUGCCACUCGUGGCUCAGCCUUCGCCUCUGCGACUCCAACGUCAUGUCCCGCUGGAGCAUCUGCUGCCAGGAGGAGAAUGGACUCCCCACUGACGAAGACGAGGAGGAAGAGGGAGAAAUGUGUAGAGGCUCUAUCCCCUCCCUGGACUCUCCUCAGUCUCUGGACGGAUGCUACUUCUCCCCCUCCCUGGUGACAGACUGGUUCUGGGGGGUGGUGAGCGAGGCUGUGGACGAGCUGAGGCGCAGCCCCCGGAGAGGCAUUCCCAUCCCGGACCGACUGGAGAGGAAUGGACCCCUCACCACUAUCAUCCUCCAGGCAGGCUCGAGUCGCGUGCUGUACGACCUGCUGCCUGUGGUGUCGUUUCGGGGCUGGCCUGCUGUUGCUCAAGGCUGGCUGACCGCCAAUCACUUCUGGGAUGGUAAAAUCACAGAGGAAGAAGCAAUAUCUGGCUUCUAUCUGCUGCCCUGCUGCUCCCCGCUGGGCGGUCGGCCUGACCGGGAGUGGAGGCUGGCAUUCUCACGAAGCGAGGUUCAGUUGAAGAAGUGCAUCCCAUACCCCAUGGCGCAGGCUUUCCAAGCAGCCAGAGCCGUUUUGUCUCGUAUCCUGGCCCGUCCACGUAGGGGCCUCAGCCUCUAUCAUCUGCGUACCCUUCUCUUCUGGGCCUGCGACCGACUUCCUGCCGCCUAUCUGUCCUCCCCUGACGGCGACACACCUGCCCGCCUCCUCCUAGGUCUCCUGGAUGACCUGGCUCAUUGCAUCCUGGGUAAAAACUGCCCAAACUACUUCCUGCCCCAGUGCAACAUGUUGGAGCACCUCACAGACAGCCAGGCGCUGCUUGUCGCCAGGAAACUCGCCCACGUGCGCUCGGAUCCCAGUGAGCACCUCCGGGCGGCUCUGGUUCAAGCCCAGCAGGCGGGCCAGCUGAAGAAGGAACUCACAGCUAGCACCAACGGCCACGGCUCCCCCGGGCACCACCCAGCCAACGGCAUCAUCUCCCCUUCGGAGGACAAACUGGCGCAGCGACUGCAGCAGCUGGUCACUGAGAACCCUGGGAAAUCCAUAUCCGUCUUCCUCAACCCCGAUGAUGUCACCAGGCCACACUUCCGUAUUGAUGACAAGUUCUACUGACGCAGACAUGCUGCGGGGAAGACGUGUGGAAAUGUGUGUGUUUAGCUCACGAUCACACUCAUGAAAAUGACGUCGGAGGGUAGAGGGACUAGAAAUCAGGCAGAACCCUGCGGGCCUGGAACUGAACACACUCCUAAGGCUGAACAAUGCAACAAUGCCUUGCUGCUGACUCUUUAAACCAAAAACACACAUGUCCUGCUACUGACAAAUGACACGGACGUCGCACAACAGACAUGAUGUCACCGAGCUGUUGCCACGGAGACGGCCCUCUCCUAACGAGCUGGCCUUAACGAGACUUAUCAGCUGGUGCUACAAAGACAAGGGCCGGCUUUAGUCGUGUGAAAUAAGUCCAGUGGAACUCAACACAGAGAGUGUGUGUGUGUUUUCACAUAUUACUUAUUAAGACAGAGGGAGAAAAGCUCCUUGAUUGCUGCAUUUCUCCUUUUUAUUGUAGAUCAGAGUGUGCGAUGGCUGACUUAGAAAGGAAAAAUAAGGUGUGGCUGAUGUAACUGAAUGUAAUGUUGUGAGGAGAACUGCAGAGUCUUUGUACAAAGAGUCUCUUUUCACUGUCGGCUACAUUUUAGCCUUCUUCUUCUUCUUCUUCUUCUUCUUCUUCUUCUUCUUCUUCUUCUUCUUCUUCUUCUUCUUCUUUUUAACCCCCACGCCUCGAUUUAUGGCAUCUUUUUUCAUUUAAAAAAAAUCUUUCUCAGGUAUUCAUAAUACUUAUCAUUUUUUUUAUGUAUAUGAUUCUUUACAAGGUCUUAAACUAUAUUUCAAUGACGCUUACAUUUCAUUGGGUAAUGGAAUGUACCAAAGAGCUGCGUUUGAGCGGUUUUGCAAAGAGAAACAUAAGUUUUACAUCUAAUUUUGGUCCAACUGGAUCAAAUCUGAGUCAUGGUCGGAAUGUUAAUCAACCUCUUCUCCCUCUGAAGGCCUGGUCACUACAGCAGUUAAAACAGCUCAACUUUGCAGCAAAAUCAAUUAAUUCCAAUGGAAUUUUUGUGUAAGUGGAUUUGCUCUUGAGGUGAAGUAAUUGCUCAACAGAGAACCGAAGGGUUAAAAAAAAGUUAAAUUAGCUGUGUUGCACCAUCCAGUUUCAUUAAAGCUCCUCUGGUGGAAUAUAAACAGCCUCACAAAAGAGGGUUUGUUCGUUUGUACAAAUACACCUUGAAAAUACUGCACAAACCUAUUGUCCUGUUAGCGCCCGAGCUAAUAUGUUAGCUUACUUACAAGUAGCACACUUGUUUCCCCCCCUCUUCAGUGGACACCUUGAAAUGGUUUAAAAUCUUGAGAACAAGGAAUGACGAGCGCAAGCUAGCUGUUAGCUUGCUAGCUGUUAGCUUGCCAGCCACCCCAAUAAAAAGUAAUCACUCCCAGAGCUGACAAUUAGUCGACUGAUGGAUUAUUUGGUAAAACUAAUUGUCAACUAUUAAAUAAACAAUUCAUCGUUUCAAACUUGUUCCAAGGAAAAAUGCCAAAUAUUCACUGAUUCCACCUUUCUAAAUGAUUAUGAUUUGAUGCUUUUCUUUGUCAUAUAUGAUAGUAAAUUGAAUAUGUUUGUGUUUUAGAGUGUUGGUUGGAUAAAACAAGUCAUUUGAACACAUCACUGAGCUCUGGGACAUAAUAAUGUGCAUUUUUUACAGUCGAUUACUCAAUAAUGGGGGAAAAAGCAUCACCAACCUUCUACAACCACAUAUCUUACAGACAGAUGCAGGUUCAUUUUGCUGUACUGCUUCCUGCUGUGACCAGGCAUCAGAAAACAGUUAACACAGAAAAGGAUGGGAAUGUUAAAUGUACUAAACUUGUUAAUUAUAAUAUAAUACAAUGUUUUCUUGUAUUGUACUAAUAUGUAAGAGUUGUUACAAUAUUUCAGAAAUUCUUGAAGCUCCUUCAAGUUUCCCCCCCUAACUGAGCUGACAUGUUUGUGUUUGGAGUGGUAAAGUAGGCCCUUUUUAUAAAGGCUUUUAGAAAAUAUAACCCUAUGUUUGGAGAUAUGAGGAAUUAAAUUAGCAGGAGUGUAUUGACCAAGAUAAAAAGGUCUGGAUUGAACUAAAGACAGGUACAGAAUAGCUGUAGAGUCAGGACUUCGGCUAUUUACCCUCCAUAGUCCCGACAAAGUCAAAGUACUUAACUGUCAAAAUGUCCCGCGAAGGGCCCAGCACAUCUUGUUGCGUCCCAUGUAAGGGUGUCUAUUAACUUUCCAUUGAAGAAAAUCAAUUUUCUGUGUCUCUCAAUCGACUUUUUUGGAAACUGUUUCUGACUUGAGUGAUUCUGAUAAUUGUCCCCUGUCUCCUCUGCAUGGUCGGUCUUUUUUAAUGAGCUUAGUGUGCGCAGCAGGACGCAGACAAACACCCAGAUGCUGCCCGUUGAAUUAUACCCUCUGUGGGUGUGUGUUAGUCACUGCGCCCUAUCGUUUCUCAGCAGACGGGAGUCGUCCACAGGGGGAUGGAGGGAUGGAGCGAUGGAUGGGAGACGGGCCUGUCUCUGGUCCUUUGAAGAGGGAAGAUGGGCCUUACGGGGCCUGGACAGCUGCCUCUUUCUGUAGCUGUCUUUCUCUGCCUAUUUCUGCUGCUUUCCGUCUCUCUCUCUUUCAUUUCCUCUCACUCUUGUGGCUCUAAUGUCCUUUUUAUUCCCUCUUCCUUCCUCCUACCAUCCAAGUUUCUCCUCAAAGGGUUGGCAUCUUUAUUCCUUUUUAAAAGGUCCAGAACAGCAAAACCUCCUCACACUUGGUACCAAUCCAACCUUAUUUUUACACUGCUUUUCAUUAGGAGCUGUGGAGCCAGUAAAUGGUGUCGAGGAGAGAACAAGUGUAACCAGACGAGCAUUAAUGUUCUCCCGUCCGCUUGUUUUACCUUUUAAUGAAUUUGAGACGUAAAGUUGUCUGAACACUAUCUGAUGGGGUUUUACUAAAAAUGCUGCUUCCAAUGUUGGUGCAUAGUCAGGGUUCAAAAGCUACAAACAGUUUCGUAAAUAUCAAGGUGGUGACGGUUAGUUGCGGUGACUUUAAAGCUGCUGGUGCUGGACUGCUCUCAAAGUCUGGAUCUAAAAGUCUCAUGUGCUUACUACUGAAUGAUUUAUUUUAUUUUUUACAGCAUUUGUCUGUACUGAUGGUGUGUGUGUGACUGUGUGUAUGAAGUGAAAACCAAAGUGUGUUGUUGAGGUGGUGCAGAGCAGCGUGUGUAUUCAGCUGCCAGGUGUCUGUUUGUGUUUUCAGCACUUUUUUUCAAGACUGGCUCAAAUGUCGUUCCCCAAAUUGUACAAGUUUUAAGGAAAAUCACAGAAUUUAUUUAUUGGAAAUAGUUGAUGUAAAAAGGUACUUUGUCAUUGCCUCUUGUAAUGUUUGACAGAGUGUAAAAUGUGUCACUUUGUACCUUAAUGGACCUAGUUAGAGAUUAAUAGACACUGGAAACAAUCACUGAUUUUCCUGAUUGGUACACAAUGAAUAUCAAAUCCUGUAUUUUACGAUAGUGUCAGUUUCUAGAUAUGCAAUCGAGCCCCCUACUCUAAUUCUAACACUGACUGUAGUAGGGGGAAUCUACCUGCUGUCCAGGGAUUGCAUGAAACACAGAUGACACUCCCAAAAAUCAAUCUCCGCUCUGUAUGCUCUGUUUAUAAUGUUUUUCUUUUGUGCUGAAACUUCUGAUGAUUCUGUUUAAGAUUCAGUCAACUUCUGCGGAUAAAUAACUGACUAAAUACGAUGAAUGUAUCCACCAUAUCUCACUUAUCUGUUCCCCACUUGAGGACACACUCACCGUUAUCUGCGCAGAUGUACUGCGGUCUGUACUCAAGUGCCGAGAUAAGAAUCUGUACUGAAUCACUCCGCAGUUUGAGAAAUUGAAUUUCAUAUCUCUGUUAUUACUCGAAGUCCUUCCUUUACUUUAAAUAAGUGCAAAUUAUUUUCUCUAUCGUGAUAUGACUGACUCGCUGUAUUUAUUACUGUUAUUUUCUGGGGGUUUAUAUUGAUCAGUCUUCGAGCUUUAGCAUGGAAUAAAUCACUACAUUUCAA